CCUUCUAUGUAGUACGUUUGAAUUCGUUGGUAAAGCUCAGGCUCAGGUUAUCCAGCCAAAUUUGCGGAGGUUUCCGUGAUUUGGUGCAUACUGGUGCAGUACUACCAAUCACGAACCUUGCAAUCAUCCUAUAUGAUAAUAGCACAACAGAUAUAUAACAAGGUAUAAAUUGAGCCGAUGAUCCAACCGGCUUUGGGGCCUCAUUGAAAUAUAUUUAUUAUAACAAAGAGUGAGUAUUUAAAAAGAUCGGGCCAAAAUAAAAAUGUGCGAUCAAUUAUUCUCCUUAAAGAUCGCUAACAUUUUUUGGAAACUGAGCAAGGUUAGAAUGCCCGUCGUACCUAGCAGCGCCUACCAAACUUCACAACCAUCGUGUUGGGAUAGAAUGAAAAUGGGUUUUGGACUUGGAUUUUGCAUAGGAAUGGCAUCAGGGGCACUCUUUGGUGGAUUUUCAGCCUUGAGGUACGGCCUGAGAGGAAGAGAGUUGAUAAACAAUGUUGGUAAAACAAUGAUCCAGGGUGGUGGAACAUUCGGAACGUUUAUGGCAAUUGGAACAGGUAUCCGUUGUUAGCAGUAAAACUAGCUGCUAUCUCUGGUUUACAAUAAUGUUAAAUUGUUGCAUUGGACAGUUCAUAUUGUGCCGAUAUUGUUAAAAUGAACAUUAGGAGACUAAAAGGUUACAAAACUCAAAAAAGGUUCUAUAAAAAGAACACUGAAAUUGUGCGGACAUGAUGAAGUAAAAUAAAAGAAAUAAAAAUAACUAAAAAGUAA